GUGACAGGCGGGUGAAGAGAGGAGCCAAUAUAUAUAAGGAAAGCUCCCGAGAGCGCAGGUUUCAGUAGCGGCGCUGAGCGCAGGCUGGGAACUCGAGGCCAAGAGCUGCAGCUCAAGCCGCCUCAGUGCAGUGUACCCGGACACUAGCCUGCUUACAGCUCCAGGAUUAGCCCGAGGACACGUCCUCAGCGCAGCCGCCACCCAGCCGCCCUCACCUGGAUUACCUACCGCGGCAGUUGGAGCGGAGCUAGCGAGAAGGAGAGACGGGAGGAAAACCCCGAGCGGAGCCUGGCUUUUCAGGGACCCCUCCGGCGGUUGGACGCGUGGGAAAGGUUCACAACCGGCGGGUGGAGAGAGCGACGCCCCAGGGAAUGGCAGCCGCAACCCGUAGCGCCUCUGGCUGGGCGCUACUGCUGCUGGUGGCACUUUGGCAGGAGCGCGCGGCCGGCUCGGGAGUCUUCCAGCUGCAGCUGCAGGAGUUUGCCAACGAGCGCGGCGUACUCGCCAGCGGGCGGCCGUGCGAACCCGGCUGCCGGACCUUCUUCCGCGUCUGCCUUAAGCACUUCCAGGCGGUCGUCUCGCCCGGGCACUGCACCUUCGGCAGCGUCUCCACGCCUGUGCUGGGCACCAACUCCUUCGCCGUCGGCGACGACAGUAGCGGCGGGGGACGCAACCCUCUCCAACUGCCCUUCAAUUUCACCUGGCCGGGUACCUUCUCACUCAUCAUUGAAGCUUGGCACGCGCCAGGAGACGACCUGCGGCCAGAGGCCUUGCCACCAGACGCGCUCAUCAGCAAGAUCGCCAUCCAGGGCUCCCUAGCUGUGGGCCAGAACUGGUUACUGGAUGAGCAGACCAGCCCUCUCACAAGGCUGCGCUACUCUUACCGGGUCAUCUGCAGUGACAACUACUAUGGGGACAGCUGCUCACGGCUAUGCAAGAAGCGCAAUGACCACUUCGGCCACUACGUGUGCCAGCCAGAUGGCAGCCUGUCCUGCCUGCCCGGCUGGACUGGGGAGUACUGCGAACAGCCUGUCUGUCUUUCGGGCUGUCAUGAACAGAAUGGCUACUGCAGCAAGCCAGCAGAGUGCAUCUGCCGCCCAGGCUGGCAGGGCCGCCUGUGCAAUGAAUGCAUCCCCCACAACGGCUGUCGCCAUGGCACCUGCAGCACCCCCUGGCAAUGCACUUGUGAUGAGGGGUGGGGAGGCCUAUUCUGUGACCAAGAUCUCAACUACUGCACCCAUCAUUCCCCGUGCAAGAAUGGGGCGACGUGCUCCAACAGUGGGCAGCGGAGCUAUACCUGCACCUGUCGCCCAGGCUACACUGGCGUGGACUGUGAGCUGGAGCUCAGCGAGUGUGACAGCAACCCCUGUCGCAAUGGAGGCAGCUGUAAGGACCAGGAGGACAGCUACCGCUGCCUGUGUCCCCCGGGCUACUAUGGCCUGCACUGCGAACACAGCACCUUGAGUUGUGCCGACUCUCCCUGCUUCAAUGGGGGCUCCUGUCGGGAGCGCAACCAGGGGACCAGCUAUGCCUGUGAAUGUCCCCCCAACUUCACUGGCUCCAACUGCGAGAAGAAAGUGGACAGGUGUACCAGCAAUCCAUGUGCCAAUGGGGGCCAGUGCCUGAACCGAGGUCCAAACCGCAUGUGCCGCUGCCGUCCUGGAUUCACAGGCGCCCACUGUGAAAUCCACAUCAGCGACUGUGGCCGCAGCCCUUGUGUCCACGGCGGCACUUGCCGCAACCUGGAGAACGGGUUCGCGUGCACCUGCCCUGCUGGCUUCUCUGGCCGGCGCUGCGAGGUGCGGAUGCCCACCAACGCCUGUGCCUCAGGACCCUGCUUCAACGGGGCCACCUGCUACGCCGGCCUCCCCCCGGACAACUUCGUCUGCAACUGCCCCUACGGCUUUGUGGGCAGCCGCUGCGAGUUCCCCAUGAGCAUGCCCCCCAGCUUCCCCUGGGUGGCUGUCUCCCUGGGCGUGGGACUGGUGGUGCUGCUGGUGCUACUGUGCAUGGUGGCAGUGGCGGUGCGGCAGCUGCGGCUCAGGCGGCCCGACGACGGCAGCAGGGAGGCCAUGAACAACCUGUCGGACUUCCAGAAGGACAACCUGAUCCCCGCCGCCCAGCUCAAGAACACAAACCAGAAGAAGGAGCUGGAAGUGGACUGUGGCCUGGACAAGUCCAACUGUGGCAAACAACAGAACCACACAUUGGACUAUAAUCUGGCCCCAGGGCCCCUGGGGCGGGGGAUCCUGCCCGGGAAGUAUCCCCACAGUGACAAGAGCUUAGGGGAGAAGGCGCCACUGCGGAUACACAGUGAAAAGCCAGAGUGUCGGAUAUCAGCGAUAUGCUCCCCCAGGGACUCCAUGUACCAGUCUGUGUGUUUGAUAUCAGAAGAGAGGAACGAAUGUGUCAUUGCCACAGAGGUAUAAGGCAGGAGCCUCCCCAGGACAUCCCAGCUUUGCCCCAGCAGCUGGACCUUCCUUCUGCAUUGUUUACAUUGCAUCCUGGAUGGGACAUUUUUAAUAUGCAACGUGCUGCUCUCAGGAGGAAGAGGGAAUGGCAUGAACUGGACAGACUGUGAACUUGCCAAGAGAUGCAGUACCCUUCCACAUCUUUGGGUGUUUGUCUGGCAUCAGAUUGGCAGCCACGCCAGCCAGGGGAACAGAGGAGAGGAGAGGUGCCACUUGGACCCGCCCUGCCAGCAGUGGCCUUCAGAGGGCUCCUUUGGGGCUCUGGCCUAUUUUCCAGAGAGAGUGGCAGUGGCCCCGUGGGGCCCGGAGCUGCUGUGGCCUCCACUGGCAUCUGUGUUUCCAAAAGUGCCUUGGCCCAGGCUCCAUGGUGACAGCUGGGUCCAAAUCAGAGAGGAGAGAGGAGGCCAGUAAGGGCAGGGCCGUCUGUGGGCCAGGAAACCAUCUGGUGCGGCUCUUGGCAGGAGUGUCCCUGCAGGUGAGGUGAGCGCCCUGAGAGGAGCGGGAGGAGCGUUUUCUGCCCCGUGCCUCCAACCGCUGCAUGUGGGCCUUGCUCCUAACACCAUCCCUGCCUCUCCCUGGCCCAGGCUCUCUGGGGAAGGAUACUGGUAAGCCUUACCUGGCUUCCACAGCCUCUGGCCGUGGGUGCCUUGGGCUCCUGUGAGCAGAUAUGUGGAGGGCCUGCCCCUCUUCCCAGCCAGAGGCAACAGGCCUAACUGGGGAGCUCAGGGCAGUGAUGAUGGAAAUUCCAGUGAGGGAGAAAUUGGGUGCUGUCGCCACCUAGGACCUUUCCUCCCUCAAGCCCAUUCCUAAGGCCUCGAGCCUGGGCUCUGCCCACACCCACUACUGCCCCCAGACUACCCUUGAAGCCGAUCUUCAGAAAUCAAUAAUAUGAGUUUUUAUUUUGUUUGUUUUUUUUUUUUUGUAGUUUAUUUUGGAGUCUAGUAUUUCGAUAAUUUAAGAAUCAGAAGCACUGACCUUUCUACAUUUUAUAACAUUAUUUUGUAUAUAAUGUGUAUUUAUAAUAUGGAACAGAUGUGUA